CCUGCAUACUUGCUCGUUCGAGUCAUAAUGCGCACCCUGCGCUUGGGUACGUCGACGCGAUUGUUGCAAGCGGCUCGACUAGCAAAGGUUUCUAGACCGCUUGCAUCGCAUAUCGUUGCUCAGGCAUCAGCCUCGCUCUCCCGGCCACCCGCGAACCUAGAGGCACAAAUGAAGGACCUAAGCGGAUUCAUCGCUCGCGCGAAAGAGUGCAAUACGGGCCUUGAGGAGCUGCCGACGUUGACGCCUUUCGUUGUGGAGGGAAAGGAGGUUGGCAAGCUUAAACCCAAGUUCGUGGAGCACGUGCGGCGGUUCCCGGACGUGUUUGUGGUGGAGGGCUGCGGCCCCUCGGGCCGUGUCAGCCUGUCGCCCAGCCUAGACAGCUGCGAAAGCCGCUCAGCCAAGGUGGCAGAGGUGCUGGCCCAGCUGCGUGCGGAGGGCGUCAUCACGGGCUGGCGGGAUGAGCUGUACCCCGUGGUCCCCUCCUUCCACGACCCGCCGCUGCUUCUGGUGGAGCGCGCCGCCGCCACGCACCUGGGCAUCAAGGCGUACGGCAUCCACGUCAACGGCUUCGUACGGGACGACCGCACCGGCGCGCUCCGGCUGUGGGUGGCGCGGCGCUCGCUCACCAAACCCAACUGGCCGGGCAAGCUGGACCACAUCGUGGCGGGCGGCCAGCCGCACGGUCUGAGCCCCCGUGAGAACGUGGCCAAGGAGUGCGGCGAGGAGGCCGGCAUCCCGCCCGACCUGGCCGCCACCGCCCGACCCGUGGGCGCUGUGUCCUACCUGACCGUCUCCGCCACCGGCUACAAGCCCGACGUGCUGUUCUGCUACGACAUCCAGCUGCCGCCCGACUUCGUGCCCACGCCGCAGGACGGCGAGGUUCAGGAGUUCCAGCUGCUGCCGCUGGAGGAGGUGGCGCAGCUGGUGGCCACCACCACCGAGUUCAAGACCAAUUGCUGCCUGGUGAUCAUCGACUUCCUCAUCCGACACGGCUUCAUCACACCCGAGCAGCCCGGCUACCUGCAACUGGUGGCACUGCUGCGGAGUGGCGACUGCAGCUGAGGGCUGGAGCCUGGAGGAGGCAGCUGAGGGCUUAAUUGAGGAGGGAGGCAGCUGGGAAGAGGGAAGGCAGUGAUCGAACCUGAGCAGGUAUUGCUGCUGAGGAGGCAACAGCUUAGGGCCAAGCAUCCAAGGACAGGCCCCUGCCCUGGGGAGGGAGCUGAGGAGGCAGCUGAGGAGGCAACAGGGGCUGUGGAGCAUUGCCACCUGCAGCUGAGGGCUUGAUCAAGGAGGGGAGGCAGCUGGGAAGAGGACAGGCAGUGAUCGAAGGCGGUAGCUGGGCAGAGGAGGCAGCUGAGGAGAGGCACCUGGCGGAGAGGCAAGUGGGCACUGGGGAGGCAACACUAGCCAUUAAGCAUCGGCUGCGGUAUAGGUUCUUGAGAGAUAUGGUUUCUACUCUCUGACCGAC